AUGUCACGACAAGGAGUCACGCAAACCUCAAGGCUCAUGGCUCAGGCCACCUGCCGGUCCAAUGUCACCCGCUCCAGCUUCAGACUGCUCCCUCGCGCCUCCAACGUCCUCCGACCUCUGUCAAACCGACUCCCAUACCAGCCCUUUUCAACAUCAUUUCGACGCUUCAAAGGCAUCAUGCCCGAGACCGACAAUCCCGCCAAGCAGGGUGUUGAGGAGACCCGACCGAGUAUGGGCGUAGCCGAGCUAUCUGACGGCCAAUACCACGAGCUGGCUGAUGGCUACUUGGAUAUUGUUCUGUCUAAAUUCGAGCAGCUCCAGGACGCACGAGAGGACAUUGACAUUGAAUAUUCAUCCGGCGUCAUGACCAUCAAUGUCGCAGACAAGGGCACAUACGUCAUCAACAAGCAGCCCCCGAACAAGCAGAUCUGGCUAUCGAGUCCAAUCUCCGGCCCCAAACGAUACGACUGGUGCAUCAUCGGCGAGGGCCAGGGGGAGAAGGAGGGCACCGGCUCAGGGAGCUGGAUCUACACCCGUGACGGCGUCAGCCUAAGCGAUCUGAUUCUAGAAGAGCUAGAUAUUGUCAUCGAGGAGCCCGCCACCUGCUAG